CCGCCACAGCCCAAGGCGCGCAAAUUUGAAUUUUUCUCCAAAAUCCGCUCGCAACAUAGAGGAAAGAAAAAAGAAACAAAUAUAAGAGGGAAACAGAAUAUCUGGCCAUAAUGGGAAAAUCACUAGUACAGGCUACAGAUUAGAGAUACAGAGGGAGAAGAGGGGUAGAGAGAGUCCAGUGGAUGAAGAGGAAAUCGCAAAGGAUUCAGACGAAAAGCAAGACGAAAAUGAAGGGUUCAUUGGCGAGGCACAUAACGGUUCAGCUGGGACAAGUAGCUUUAAUGCCCCUUCAGCAGCAGCAGGAUUCCUCUCCAUUCCAGAACCUUCUCGAUACCGAUUCCGAUAAACAACACUUUCCCUCUACUUCUUCAUUGGAUUUCGACGCCGCCGAUGCCAAUUUCACUGAUGAAAAAGAUUUCAUUCUCAGCCAGGAUUUCUUUUGCACUCCCGACUACAUUACACCAGAUGCUCCGGCUGUUCUGAGCUCUUUAGAUUGUAAAAAUGAGGAACAUGUCCCGUGUCCCAAGUCACCGGAGAAAAUUAAAACUGUUAGAAGCAAACGGCAGAGACGGGAUGGAAUUUCAGAGACCUCUUUUAAUUUCGGCAUUUCUGCCCUUCAAGAAACGUCAGAACUUGUAGUGGGCAAUUCCACAAGCAAUGACAUUCAGACAGCCAAACCACACGAGCCAGGAAAGAUUCAAAGAUAUGUUUCACAGUCUGCAGUCGCUUUAAGGUGUCGAGUGAUGCCUCCUCCCUGCAUAAAGAACCCAUGCCUCAAGGAUGCUUCUAUAUUAGAAAUCGACCCUUUCAACAACCAGCGAUCUAAAUGUGCAGAUCUUUUCCCUGGUGUAAUUGGUGGUGAUGGACUUUCACGCUACUGGACUGAUUUCCAAGAAAUUGAAAAAAUUGGUGAUGGAAACUUUAGUUGUGUUUUUAAAGCUGUGAAGAGAAUUGAUGGUUGCAUGUACGCAGUCAAGUGUAGCACGAGGCAGUUACACAAGGAUGCAGAAAGACGAAAGGCUUUGAUGGAGGUUCAAGCUUUGGCAGCUUUAGGAUCCCAUGAAAACAUAGUUGGCUACUAUUCUUGUUGGUUUGAAGAUGAGAAACUUUAUAUACAGAUGGAGCUCUGUGAUCACAGUCUCUCCCUCAAUAAAUUUUCUAACUUAAUUACAGAGGCAGAAGUUUUGGAAGCAAUGCAUCAGAUUGCGAAGGCCUUGCAGUUUAUUCAUGAAAGAGGGAUUGCUCAUUUAGAUGUAAAGCCAGAUAAUAUAUAUGUCAAAAAUGGUAUUUACAAGCUUGGCGAUUUUGGUUGUGCUACUCUUCUUGAUCGAAGCUUGCCCAUUGAAGAGGGGGAUGCACGCUAUAUGCCCCAGGAAAUUUUGAACGAUAACUAUGAUUGUCUUGAAAAAGUUGAUAUCUUCGCUUUGGGAAUUACUAUGUACGAACUUGUCCGAGGGUCUGCAUUACCUCAGUCAGGGACUCAAUUUUCGAAUCUCAAAGAAGGAAAAGUGCCUCUUUUGCCUGGUCACUCGUUGCAGUUUCAGAACUUGCUGAAGGUUAUGAUGGACCCUGAACCAACACGGCGACCUUCUGCUAAGGAACUAUUGGAAAAUCCAAUAUUCAACAGAGUCAGAAAAGCUGCAAAAGAUAAGUAAAAUCUUUGGGUCCGGGAUCAGAGUUUUGCUAAAUGGGCGCUUGAACCACUUUCUAGAGUACGGAUGAAUGGAAUGAUAAUUCAAUUGAGUCGAGUUUGUAUUCUCCAGUUUUUGGCACUAUUCCCAUCCAGGCGGCGCUAUUUUGUUUGACGUAGGAGAGCCGUUGUUGGGAUAACGGGGAAGAAUUUACAGACUCGCUACUGAAAUUUUUAAUUCAAUGGUAUGUUCCGGUAUCCCCCCCUUUUUGACCCCUUUUUUUUUUG